AUGCCGGAAGACGACUUUGACAUUUAUGGCGACGAAGGAUACGAAAUGCCGGGUGCGCAGGACGAGGAGCCUGUACAAUCCAUGAGUGAUCUUCCAGUCGCGCCUCAGGUGGGCGAAAAGCGGUCUCGAGCCGACGAGGAGAACGACGGUGACUAUGGAAACAAUGUGCCCCCAAAUCUACGAGGUAGUAGCAAUAUCCAACGACAAGGAAAUGCUAUGCCGGCGAACCCUCAACAAUGGCAAGCCACGCCGAAUAUCGGUGGACAGAUGAACAUGAACCAAAAUACAGGUGGAAUGGAUGCACUCUACCUCGGAGACCUGAAUUGGUGGACCACCGACGAAGACCUACGCGGCGUCGCGAGUCAAGUCGGCAUCGAGUUGAGCUUGAAGGACAUCACGUUCUCAGAGCACAAAGUAAACGGAAAGAGCAAAGGAAUCGCCUACAUUGAAUGUCAUUCUCAUGAAAACGCGACAAUACUCAAAGAAUUCUUUGACAACAACACGUUCCAAAACCGGAAAGCGAGUGCAUCCUUGACAAGUUCCAGUCUCGGAAACCCAUUCCGUACGCUUCCAAAAGAUCCACAUGCGGGGAAGGAGGACGACGGUGGAGGACGAGGCGGCUUCAGAGGUAAUGCAAACCGAGGAAUGGGAGGUGGCGGAAUGAGGGGUGGCGGAGGUAACCGAGGGGGCUUUAACCAAAGCGCCGCUGGAUUCCCCGCUGGUGGAGGCAUGAUGGGUAUGGGUGGUAUGCCGAAUAUGAUGGGUGGUAUGGGAAUGGGCAUGGGUAUGGGUAUGAUGGGCGCGGGUGGAGGCAACUUCCAACGAGGCGGUCGUGGUGGUGGGCGCGGAUACGGGAAUCAAAUGGGCAGAGGUAAUUAUGGAGGUAAUGGUGGAGGACAUGUCAAUCCGGCAUUCUUUGGUCAAGGCUAA